UUGACGCCUGUUGCUGUUGUUGUUAUCAUUCGUGUUGUGUUUGCUGGUGUGUUUUACGUCUACAUCUUUUAUGCAACAACAGCAAAAACAACAACAGCAACCAGAGCAGCAACACCAACAACAACGAUUGCUGUUAAUUUGCGUAAAUCACACUCAACACCGGCUCUCAAAUUCGUUGGCAACACCAACAACAGCAACAUUGCUAUUGAAUACGACAGCAGCCACAAAUUUAAAACUCAUAUUGAGUCUGCAAUGGAGGCCAGCAACAUUGCCGUUGCACACUUGAAGCGACAGCAACACCAACAACAGCAACAGCAACACAAUCAUCACUCGCCGCAACACGAGCAGUUGCAACGCAUCAAUGGCAACGAUAGCAACAAAUGCAAUACAAUAAUAGAUGCAACAAAGCCCGCAACGCCGGAAUCACUGCGAUUUGGUUGUACACAUUACAAACGACGCGCCAUGUUCGUGACGCCAUGCUGCAACAAGUUCUACAAGUGUCGUUUCUGCCACGAUGAGAAUGAAUCGCACCACUUUGAUCGUAAAACUCUCACAGAACUCAUCUGCUCCGAGUGCAACACGCGGCAGAAGGUGCAGGAACAAUGCGAAAAUUGUGGAGUACGCUUCGGCAAAUACACUUGCCUCAUUUGCAAUCUGUUCGAUGAUGCGGAUAAGCAGCAGUAUCAUUGUCAUGGUUGUGGCAUCUGCCGAAUUGGUGGUGCACAUAAUUUCUUUCACUGCGAAGUCUGCAAUAUGUGUCUGCCGAUACAGUUAAAGAUAGACGGACAUAGAUGUGUGGAAAAUAUUUCACGAUCACAUUGUCCGGUUUGUUUGGGAGACAUCCACACAUCACGUAUUCCAUGCCACAUUCCGGACUGUGGCCAUUUGUUGCACAAAAUGUGCUUCGAUCAGCUGCUUGCCUCGGGUCAUUAUACCUGUCCCACCUGUCAGACGUCGCUUAUUGACAUGACGGCGCUAUGGGAAUAUCUGGAUGCUCAGGCAUUACGCAUGCCCGUGCCACUCAAGUAUGAGAAUCAGCGUGUGCAUAUAUUCUGCAAUGAUUGUCACAAGACUUCUAAAACCAAAUUCCAUUUUAUCGGACUCAAGUGUGUGCAUUGUGGCGCCUAUAAUACCACACAGGAUGUGAAGCGUCGCCUUUCCCUAGUCGAUGAACCAACGACCGCCUGACAGUCACUUCACCACCUCCACAACCAGAACAACAGCAACAGGAAAUCUCUUGCCAUGCUCCACAUUUGAAGAAACUAAAUUUCUAAAAACUGAAAUCGAAACGCAUUGAAUUUAGACCAAAUUCGAGCUGGUAUCGAAUAUAAACAUAUUAAAGCAUUAAACAAAUUCAUAAAUACACACUUACAUACACAUAUCUAUAGUUUGUAAAGAUCAAUUGGUGCUCAAUUGGUUUUUUGUAGAAACAAAUUUACCACAAAUUCUAUGUAGAACAAAUGUCACAUUUCCACUCGAAUUUUAUUAGAUUUGCCUGUAUAACAACUCGAAUUUCAAUUUUCACUUAAAAUUGUCUCUCAGCUCAAUCCAACAAUCUCAAAUCUCAGCAUUUUGUAAAAAAUAUUAGAAGUUUCUGUAUUAUAUUGAUGAUUAAGUUUGACAAUAAAUACCACAAACAAAA